CAAAGAUCCAAUCUUUUUUUGAAAGUAUUAAAGCUCUCAAGCUCGUUUCUUCUCAUAAAUAGUACAGAGGGUGAUCUUAUCAAAAAGCUUGAUCAUUUUUUGUUGUUAAGGGUAGCUAUCAAAACCAUAGAGUCCUUUUUUUGCUUUUGUUUGCUUCAAAAACCCUUUAUGGCCGUUUUCGAGCACAUGAUAAGUUUCUUCGUACAGUCAGAGUACAACCUUCUCUCUCUAAGAGUUCUACAGAUGUCAGUCAUCCCUGUCACGGAUUUGGAAGAGUGAGAGAGCGAGAGAAAUGAUGAAAAGUGGGGAGAGAGUGAAGGAGUUUCUUCGACCCUUUGUCGAUUCCAGGGAUUGGGACCUUUGCGUUAUCUGGAAACUCGGCGAUGAUCCUUCUAGGUUUAUUGAAUGGGUGGGAUGCUGUUGCAGUGGUAGUCAUAUUGAUAAGAACAUCAAGCAUGAAAAGGUGGAAGAAGGAAUUGAGAGAAAACAAACGGGUUCUAUAUGCAGAGAUGAACACAACAAGCAUUAUAUUAGAAGCCUAGCUUGUGAAGCUCUAACUCAUUUUCCUCUUUUCAUGCCUCUCUACCCCGGGAUUCAUGGAGAAGUAGUGAUGUCAAAAUCUCCCAAAUGGUUGGUUAAUUCAGGUCCAGGAUCUAAAAAGGACAUAUUCAGCACACGGGUUCUUAUCCCUGUGCGUGAUGGUCUAGUUGAGCUUUUCUCCUUCACAAUGAAACCUGUUGAUGAAAGCAUGGUCGAUAUGAUCAUACGGCGUUGUAACGCUUGCUUUGAACCAUUCCCUGAACAAAAACUGCAAUUUAGGAUCAUUUCUAAAGCAGAAGAGUCUAUGAGUAGCGGUGUGAAUCUCAGCUUUGAGGGAGGCGGCUCAUCAAGCGUUUCCAAUCCCUUAAGUGAAAAUCAGACUCUUUUCGGAAAUCAGAAUGCUCGUUGUGGGGAACAUCUGCCUUGCUUGGUAGUGAACAAGGAAGAAGAUGUCGUGAUGCAAGACACUAUCGACCUCAAAGAUAAUAAGAAGCCUCCAAAGGAAAACUUCAAAUCAAAGAAUCUUCAUUCAGAGAGAAAGAGAAGAGACAGAAUUAAUCAGAGGAUGUAUGCUUUAAGAGCUGUAGUCCCUAGAAUUACAAAGAUGAACAAAAUUGGAAUUUUCAGUGAUGCGGUUGAUUACAUCAAUGAACUGCUAGUGGAGAAGCAGAAACUUGAAGAUGAGCUGAGUGGAAUCAACGAGAUAGAAUGCAGAGAAAUCGCUGCAGAGGAAGAAUCUGCAAUAGCUAAUCCAGAAGCUGAAAAAGUUUCCUCUAAGGUCAACAAGAAAGUGAACGACGAGGUGAAUUUUGAAGUCCACGAGAUUGGUGAGCGAGACUUCUUGAUUCGGGUUGCGCAGGAGCAUAAACGAGAUGGAUUCAAGAGGCUGAUAGAAGCUGUAGAUUCUUGUGGACUUGAGAUCAUCGACGUUAAUUUCACCAGGCUCGAUCUCACGGUCAUGACCGUACUCAAUGUCAAGGCGAACAAAGACGGAAUUUCAGCUGGAAAUCUAAGAGAUUUGCUGCUCAAGAGGAUGAUAGCUUCAAACAAUCCAAAUGCAGAGUCCGUAAAACAGAGUAGUACAUAACCAACAACAAAAACAAAAGUCAAAUGUUUUGUUUGCUUCAGACACAAGUUACUGUUAGGAUUUGAAACUCACAAGCUUUUGGUGACAAAUUUUACAUGUUUGAAACUAUACAUUCUUCGGGGGGUAUUGAAUUUUGAGUUCGUUAAGACCUUC